AUGACUUACUACGGGAAGUGCAUCGCUGCUGUCAUUGAGCAACUGGACAAGUUCGACCCAGAGAAGGACAGCCCCGAGCAGUUCCUGGCGGCGGCGCCCACCGCCCUGCAGGACCUCAGUGCCCAGAAGCGGUCCUUCAUCUUGGAAGUUCUAUCUGGCUGCCUUGAGUACCGGAAGUUACUGACUGUUGUGGUAGAUGCCUUCUAUGUGCGGGAUGGCCGGUUCUACCUGUGGGCUGACUACAACCUGUUCCAGGUGAUCUGCUACCUGGCCACCUUCCAGCUGGAGGAGCUCGGCUUUCAGCUCUUCUGCAACAUCAUCAAAUCCCAGCCCGUGAGCAAAAUGUGCAAGUUCCUCAGGUUCUUCUUCAACCCUUUAAACCUGUGCUCGUGGAUCAAGGACGAAUGGAGCCUCGUGUACGAGACCGCCCACGUGAAGGAGAACUGGAUCGACCCCCUGAUGAGAUGGCAGCCAGAGGUGCAGGAGCUAGUCAACCAGCUGGAGGGAGAGUCAGCCACUACCUUACCUCCCUCCAAGACCAAGAUCAAGGUCACAAUCCCCAAGGAGUUCAACCUGACUGUGCCCAAGCCCCGUGCUAUUCCAAUGCCCGAGCUCAUCCCUGCCAUGGCCAAGACCAAUCAGGUCCCUCAGAGCACCUACCAGGAGCCUAAGGAGCGGCAGCUGCUGCAGAUGGUCAAGAGAUACAACCGCAGGAAGGCGGAGGAGCGGCUGCUGAGGGCAAACAUGAAGGAGCUGCGGUGCGCCAUGCCCAGGCCCCUCAAGGAGCUGCCAGCACAGGUGAGGCCCAGGUUCCAGGACCCCGAGACACAGCCGCGCUUUCCAUCCGCGCCCCGCAUCCGGAGGACCCCGCAGCUGACCUUGUACAGGCCCGAGAACACCCCCGUGAAGCUGAACACGGCCACCAUCCUGCGGGAGGGCGCCUUAUACCAGCGGCGGGUGGAGCAGGAGCUGCAGCGGAUUGAUAAGCUGAUAGACGGGUGCGGGGACUUCUCGGAGUUCCUCAAGUGGCAGAAGAAGAUGCAGGCAAAGGACCAGGAGGAGCAGCGGGCUGCGGGCGAGUGCCGGCGGCUGCAGGGCAAGCUCAGCCACGAGGAGGCCAUCCUGGCCAGACAGAACCUCAUCCAGGAGAACAAGCAGAAGGCCAGCCAGAAGAAGGAGGAGAUGGCGGAGCUGAUGCUGCAGUGUGCUAGGAGGCGUCUGCAGGAAGACAGGAGCAUGAAGGAGCUGGUGGAGCAGGUGAUCGAGGCGCAGAAGAACGUCAGGGUGGCUCAGAUGAAGCUGCUGAAGAGCCGGAGGCAGAUAGUCCAGGAGGUGAUAGAGGAAAGCCGGGAGCUGCUGCAGCGCACCGCAGAAGAGGCCAGGGAGGAGCAGAGGCAGCGCUGCGAGCUCAUCUACCAGCUGCGGGCUCUGGAGACACAGCCAGUGCGCAAGGGCAAGCUGGUGGACCUCACCCAGAUCCCGGGGUACGGCCUAGAGGGAGAGAUGUCGGUCGUGGAGCUUCGGGAGCGACUAGCUCUGCUCAAAGACACCCAGAGGCGCCAGGAGGAGGAGAAGCGGGAUCAGAUCAUAGAGAGCAAGCGUGCUAAGAGCCAGGAGCUGCAGAACACGGUGGAGCAGAUCUCCCUGUGCCGAGCGGCCAUGGGGAGAACAGCAGCCUUAAGGUGGGAGGAGAGGAAGGCGCAGGCCUCGGCCGCGGGGCCGCCCCGCCAGGACGAGCGGGUGCUGGAGCUGCAGCGCCGGGUCGAGGAGCGGGCGGCCGAGCGCCGGAGGCUCACCGCGCAGCCGCCCGGGUCCGCGCCGCGAGCGGCCCGGCCCCAUCCCCGGGCGCAGCGGGAGGCGAAGCACUGGGACGAGGAGCUGCGGAGCCGCGAGCACCGGCUGCGGGCCCGGCUGCAGAGCGCCGCCCUCCCGGCGGCGCGGGGCCUGGGGGCCGCCUGA